AUGGCGAACAACAAUAACAACAAUGACAACGAUCGAAGCUUAGGGCGCGAUCCAGGACGUCCCGAAGAUAGCAACCCCUUCAUCGCCUUCCGCCGCUUUGCCGACUCGCACGUCUCCUCCCUCCUCAACACCGUCUUCACACUGCCCGCCACCAUCGCCAACUACAAUCAGGCGCAUCAGGCGCGCGAACAGUGCCUUUUUGGCAAAGCAGACGAGCGAAAAUGCGACCAACUUCAUGAGAUAGAGGCGGACACGGCAGAGCUGCGGCGUCAAGGCCGGGAGCUACUCGGCCAAGGCGACGUAAAGGCCGUGCUCGAGCACAGCGACUUGUUAUUGAAGUUGGAGAGAAAGGCAGAAGACAUAAGACGCGAUAUUGUCCAAGAAGCCACAAGGAACGGCCAUCUCAGCCCUGACGGAAGACAUGACAGCGUGGCAUUGGUAGAGCGCGUGGCGAGCCAGAAAGGUCGUGAUUGGGGAGCCGAGUGGGAUUGGGGCAUACCCAAGCCUUUCGAUAGCGGGCGUAGGGCUGUCGAAGGCAAUGACGAGGAUGAGCGGUCUCGAGAGAUGCACGAGUGGGAGCUUUUGCUGCGACUUCAGUCGGAAGUGCAGCGGUUGGUUGCUGCCUUCGAUGGCGCAGCAUGGGACGAUCCACCCCGCCAACAGUCUUCAGACUCCAGCGCCGAGAAACAUGACGCACACAACCGAUCGUGGGUGCCGUUGUGGGAGUCUUCUCUGCCAAGAGAUACACCAAGGACGAAAGUUGGGAUGUCUUGGCCUGAAACAAACGAGGAUCCCAUGUCCAAAUCCGCACACAGUGUACAAACCUGCUCCAGAAGUAAGGAGCCGCAUGAUGAACCAAGUUAUGAGUAUAGUCACGAUCAUGAGGAUCAGCAUGACGAGCCACCUUCGCCAAAACACAAUCUCACAUGUAGUAGUCUCCAGCAACAGCAGCACUUACAUCGGCCAGACCGCGGCGCCGACACAAGCUACGCCUCAUCUCGUAAUCUGGCCGCAGAGCAGACCGAAAUGGACGCCUAUGAGCAACUCGUUGGAGGACUUGACAAACCAAGCCCGAGUAUUUCUCCUCCCGCAUUCGCCCAACGUCAUGAUCCAAAUUCCACAUCGUCCAUACUAUCCACACUUACCACCACAGAGCGAACCGUCACACCAGACGGCCUUGUGACGACCAAGGUUGUUCUCAAGAAGCGUUUCGCCGACGGCCGCGAGGAAAGCACCGAAACAGUGCACACACAGAAGAGCGAGGACAUGAACCCAAGAUCUCAAGACGUAUCCAAGCCAUCAAUCCAGCCGCACCAAACUUUCAACGAUGCAGACGAAACGACCAAGAAAGCAUCUCGGACCGGCUGGUUCUGGUCCAGCUAA